GUUGAUUAAUACCCCCGCCCGCCCGGCGUCUUGCAAAGAAGCGGAAGAAGAAGAAGAGCAGAAGAAGAGGAAAGAGAGACGAGAGCGAUGGCGUCGUUGCAACUGUCGAGCCAAUGGAUCUCCGGAAAGACGACUUUCGCCUCGCGGAACUCGCCCCGGACGGCGGUGCCUCGACGCGUCGCCAUGCGCCCGAUCAGGGCCGGAUCUUACACCGACGAGCUCGUCCAGACCGCUAAAUCUAUUGCUUCACCUGGGCAUGGAAUUCUUGCUGUCGAUGAAUCAAAUGCUACAUGUGGAAAGAGGCUUGCUUCAAUUGGUCUGGAGAAUACAGAACAAAACCGCCAAGCUUAUAGACAGCUUUUGUUGACCACCUCGGGUCUAGGUGCAUAUAUAUCUGGGGCUAUUCUUUAUGAGGAAACACUAUACCAAUCGACCACAGAUGGAAAGAAGUUCGUGGACUGCUUACACCAUGAGAAAAUCAUGCCCGGUAUUAAGGUUGAUAAGGGUUUGGUCCCAUUACCUGGAUCAAACAAUGAAUCUUGGUGCCAAGGAUUGGAUGGAUUGGCCUCAAGAUGUGCUGAAUAUUACAAACAAGGCGCACGUUUUGCCAAAUGGAGGACAGUUGUCAGCAUUCCUUCGGGCCCUUCAGCUCUGGCUGUUAAGGAGGCUGCAUGGGGACUUGCUCGUUAUGCUGCUAUUGCCCAGGAUAAUGGACUAGUCCCGAUAGUGGAGCCUGAGAUCCUCCUUGAUGGGGAUCAUCCGAUUGAAAGAACUCUUGAGGUGGCCGAGAAAGUUUGGGCUGAAGUCUUCUUCUAUCUAGCGGAGAACAAUGUGGUAUUUGAGGGCAUUUUGCUCAAGCCUAGCAUGGUCACCCCUGGUGCUGAGCACAAGGAGAAAGCAUCGCCAGAGACCAUCGCAAAAUAUACAUUGAAAAUGCUAAAUAGGAGGGUGCCCCCUGCAGUUCCUGGGAUCAUGUUUCUAUCUGGAGGUCAAUCGGAGGCAGAAGCAACUUUGAACUUGAAUGCAAUGAACCUAGCCCCCAACCCAUGGCAUGUCUCCUUCUCUUACGCUCGCGCUCUUCAGAACAGUGUCUUGAAAACUUGGCAAGGACAACCGGAGAACAUCAAAGCUGCACAGAAGGCGCUCUUGGCUCGCGCAAAGGCAAAUUCACUGGCUCAGCUAGGUCGCUACUCUGCGGAUGGGGAGAACGAGGAGGCCAAGAAGGGGAUGUUCCAGAAAGGAUACACCUACUGAAGAGAAUGCUCAGAGCACAAUUUUAGUUUCCAAAGUAAAGUUUCUUGCUAUGUCAUUUGAACUUAGAUUGCCAUUUGCUUCCAUGUUUUACAAAUUCAUAUGGGUCAGAAUAAUUAUGGACACGGCUGCUAAAAACCGAUUAGCAUUCAGGCUCUAGAGUAUUGAAUUUCAAGAUGUUUCAUGUUUUGCCUUGCUCA